AUGGUAUCUUCAUCGCAAUCAGCUUCCAAUAGAAGCAGCAUCCCCAUAAAUGUUAAAGUUGUUGCUGCCGAAGCACUUUAUAAACGAGAUGUUUUCCGUCAACCAGAUCCCUUUGCAGUCAUAACAGUAGAUGGAUCACAAACAAAAACUACAAAAGCAGCUAAGAAAACGCUUAAUCCUUAUUGGAAUGAACAAUUUAAUUUUCAAGCUUUAGAAGAUUCAAUAUUAGUGAUUCAAGUAUUUGAUCAAAAGAAAUUCAAAAAGAAAGAUCAAGGUUUUUUGGGAGUUGUAAAUGUUAGAAUUGGUGAUGUUAUUGAUUUGUCAUUACCUACUUCUGAAGAAACUAUAACUAGAGAUUUAAAAAAAUCAAAUGAAAGUUUAGCAGUAAGUGGGAAAAUCAUUGUCGUUAUAUCUCAUACAAGACCAACCACCACCGCCACCAACACUGCCACAAGUAUUCCAUCGGCUAAUUCAAGAUAUAAUGGAAGUGCCCCAGUUAAUGGCGCCCCUAUUCGUACUGCAGCCGCGGCUGCUCCAAGCGCCGGUCUUGCCCCACCCACUGCUUCUGCUGCUUCUGCUUCUCCUACUGCUCCGGGAAUUAAUAGACAAUAUUCCUCUUUUGAAGAUCAAUAUGGAAGAUUACCAGCCGGUUGGGAACGUAGAACUGAUAAUUUCGGAAGAACAUAUUAUGUUGAUCAUAAUUCCAGAACUACAACUUGGCAAAGACCUACAUUGGAUCAAACAGAACUAGAAAGAGGACAACAGAGACAAUCGGAAACUGAAGCUGAAAGAAGACAACAUCGUGGAAGAACCUUACCUGGAGAAACCCCAAGUUCACCUUCAUUAAUUGGUGGUGUUGCUGGUACUGGAACAACUGUAACCGCUGGAAAUGUGACUGUGACUGCCACAGGUCCAAAUCAACCAGUUAGUCCUGCCGCCGCAGUCUCGAUGGCAUCUUCAGGUGCAACCACUACCGGAUUGGGUGAAUUACCUUCUGGAUGGGAACAACGGUUCACUAAUGAAGGUCGACCAUAUUUCGUUGAUCAUAAUACUAGAACCACGACAUGGGUAGAUCCAAGAAGACAACAAUAUAUCCGGACAUUUGGACCAAAUACCACGAUCCAACAACAACCUGUAAGUCAAUUAGGUCCAUUACCUUCUGGUUGGGAAAUGAGAUUAACCAAUACUGCGCGUGUUUAUUUUGUUGAUCAUAAUACAAAGACUACAACUUGGGAUGAUCCAAGAUUACCUUCAAGUUUGGAUCAAAAUGUUCCACAAUAUAAACGUGAUUUUAGAAGAAAGGUGAUAUAUUUCCGGUCUCAGCCGGCAUUAAGAAUCUUACCGGGACAAUGUCAUAUUAAGGUUAGGAGAGAUCAUAUAUUUGAAGAUUCUUAUCAAGAGAUUAUGAGACAGACUCCCGAGGAUUUAAAGAAGAGAUUAAUGAUUAAAUUUGAUGGAGAAGAAGGAUUGGAUUAUGGAGGAGUUUCUCGUGAAUUUUUCUUUUUGUUAUCUCAUGAUAUGUUUAAUCCAUUUUAUUGUUUAUUUGAAUAUUCUUCCCAUGAUAAUUAUACAUUACAAAUCAAUCCUAAUUCGGGGAUUAAUCCUGAACAUUUGAAUUAUUUCAAAUUUAUUGGUCGUGUUGUAGGAUUAGGUGUUUUCCAUAGAAGAUUCUUGGAUGCUUUCUUUGUUGGAGCAUUAUAUAAAAUGAUGUUACAUAAAAAAGUUGUGUUACAAGAUAUGGAAGGAGUUGAUGCUGAAUUUUAUCGAUCAUUAAAAUGGAUAUUAGAUAAUGAUAUUACUGAUAUUUUGGAUUUAACCUUCUCGGCAGAAGAUGAACGAUUUGGAGAAAUUGUUGAAGUUGAUUUAAAACCCGAUGGAAGAAAUAUUGAAGUCACCGAAGAAAAUAAACAUGAAUAUGUUGAAUAUAUUACUGAAUGGAAGAUUAGUAAACGAGUCGAAGAACAAUUCAAAGCAUUCAUUGACGGAUUCAAUGAAUUGAUUCCACAAGAUUUAGUCAAUGUAUUUGAUGAACGUGAAUUAGAAUUAUUGAUUGGUGGGUUAGCCGAGAUUGAUAUUGAAGAUUGGAAAAAACAUACCGAUUAUAGGGGAUAUCAAGAAAGUGAUCAAGUUAUUCAAUGGUUUUGGAAAUGUAUUAAAGAAUGGGAUUCGGAACAAAAAGCAAGAUUAUUACAAUUCACUACUGGGACUUCAAGAAUUCCAGUUAAUGGGUUUAAAGAUUUACAAGGUUCGGAUGGUCCAAGAAGAUUUACAAUUGAAAAAGCGGGUGAAGCUAAUCAAUUACCUAAAUCUCAUACAUGUUUUAAUAGGGUUGAUUUACCUCCGUAUGUUGAUUAUGAGAGUUUGAGACAGAACAACUGA